AUGAAACAACUUGAAAAGGUUUAUUUAUCAAUUGUUCUUAAUUAUUUAAAACAUUACAGCGUUAUUGCUAAGUUCAUUUUAAUUAAUAAAAAGUGUUGGGAUGUUUGCCAAAUGAUGAAAAUAAACCCAAUGGCUAUUGAUAAAAUGGGUCAACACUCUUAUAUGUAUAUUCUUGAACCUGCUUCCCAACUUAAAAAUGAACUAGAAAUAUUAAAUAGAAUUGAUACAAUUAAAAUUACAGCUGACUUAUUCUUAGUGUUUCUCAAACAAUUAAAAGAGAAGAGUCAAGACCUUGUUAUUCAAAACAGGUUUUAUUCUUAUAAUUUUAAAUUUUUAGAAGGUUUUGAAAAAAGAAUUCUUAAUAUUCAUCUUUAUGUUGAUGAAUUACAUCAUUUUGAAGGAAGUUUUAAAGAGUUUGUUCAUCUUCAACAGUUAACUAUUGAAUCAAAUAAUGUUUCUCUUAAUCUACUUAAUAUCCUUCCUGACUCUCAACAAUUUAUGAAGUUACUUCAUGUUAUUGGAAGUUUUGAUCAAGAAUUUGUUAAACAUAUUCCAGAGUAUAGAAUACAAAGAGUUAUUAUUGAAUCUUCUCGUUCAUUUAUAGAAUCCCUUCCUUUUUCAAAACCACUUUCAAAAGUUUUACUUAUUUCUAAUGAUUGGAAAGAUACAGAUGUAAAUCAUCUCACUACUCAUCAAAAUAAAGAAGGGUGGUUGAAAUGGAAUAUCAAUGAAUCAAACCAUUGUUUAUUUAACCAAUUAUAUUAUCCUUCUAAAUUAAUCAUUCAUGGACAAGGGUCAAUAAAUUCAAACUAUGAUAUAAAUGAUGAUUCUGAGAAUAUUGUUAGUGGUAUUAAUUUUUCAAGUUAUACUCAAUUAUGUUCACUUUCACUUCAAACAAACUCAGUACCAAUUACAUUUCCUUCAUCAUUAACUUAUCUGGAAAUGAAUUCCCCUUCAGAAAAUCCUUUAAUUAAUUGUCCAGUAUUAUCUUCGUUUAGCCUUGUUAAUACUCAAAACCCAAUCACUCUUUCAUUUUCUUCUUGUCUUACUUCUAUUAAAUUAACUCAUUCACAAUGUAUAAUAGAAGGUCCACUUCCUCAAAUCAAAGAAAUUGAACUAAAUAGUUCAAUCCUUUAUAAUGACUUUGUAAAAAUGACUUCACUUACAAAAAUGGUUCUUAUUGAAUGUUCAAUAAUCUUUACUCAACUUCCAGACUCUUUAUUAGACCUUUCUCUUAUUUCAUGUAAAUCUCGUAAAUCCAUUCCAAGUACAUUUCUACCUUCUCAUUUAUUAUCUAUUAAAAUACAUUCUUGUGACUUCCUUUUUCCAAUGAACUUUCCUCAAUCUCUUCAGUCAUUAGAUCUUUUUAUAGAAAAUGAAGUUACAGAGUGUGUUGAUUUGAUGCCCUUAAAAUUAAGUUCGUUGUACGUAAGAGGUACUUUAAAAAAUGUAGUUAUUCCUACAACUUUACAGAAACUUUAUUUGUACGGAAUAAAGGAAAAUCUUAAUAUAGACUUGAGUCAUUUUUCUAACUUAAAAUGUUUUGCCUAUGAAAAUGGUAAAGAAAUAGACUCCUUCGUGUUACCAAGUCAUCUUCAUUUACUUAAAAUUCAGCCAAUUGUCCCUCGUCUCCAGAUAAACCAAGUAGAUUGUAUUCAGUGCAUUAACUUUGAAAAUGAACAACCUCAUUUUAAAAAUUUCCACACUAAUUUUUUGGGAGAAAUAUGCUCUAUUUGA